UCAGCCACGUCGCGCUUUACUCGCCAUUUUCUUCCUCUAAAUCUAGAAUCAGUCAUUAGGGCUGUCACUGGACUGUUACCUCUACAAUUUAACAUAUAGAGGAACACAUCCUAGCACUAAUAAGAGUGUUAGUUUGCACAGGCUUCCGCCAGCACCCCCAGAAACAUGAACAUCUUCAGGCUAUCUGGUGAUCUCUCCCAUUUAGCAGCCAUCAUCAUUUUGCUGCUAAAGAUAUGGAAGACCAGGUCUUGUGCCGGCAUUUCUGGAAAGAGCCAGGUCUUGUUUGCCUUAGUGUUUACUACUCGUUACCUGGACUUGCUAACCUCAUUCAUCUCACUCUACAACACCACCAUGAAGAUUAUCUACAUCGGGUGUGCAUAUGCCACUGUAUAUCUGAUCUACGCAAAGUUUAAAGCCACAUAUGAUGGCAACCAUGACACCUUCAGAGUGGAGUUUUUGGUUGUUCCUGUGGGGGGACUAGCUUUCCUUGUCAACCAUGACUUCUCCCCCCUUGAGAUUCUGUGGACGUUUUCCAUCUACCUGGAGUCGGUGGCGAUCUUGCCGCAGCUUUUCAUGAUCAGUAAAACAGGGGAGGCCGAGACUAUCACCACACACUAUCUGUUCUUCCUGGGACUAUAUAGAGCCCUCUACCUCAUCAACUGGAUUUGGAGGUUUUACUUUGAGGGCUUCUUCGACAUGAUUGCCAUUGUGGCUGGAGUAGUGCAGACCAUCCUGUACUGCGAUUUCUUCUAUUUGUAUGUCACAAAAGUGCUGAAAGGAAAGAAACUGAGCCUGCCAGCUUAAGUGCCAAAAAGGAGUGCUGUGUCAGACUCAGAGGUUAGUGGAGAACAGGCCCACCUCCACCACCCCCACCUCUACUCCCAAGACUGGGGCAAGAUGCCUGAGACAGAGCUCCUCCUCCUGGACUUCAACAGCAUCUCUGUUUGAUGCAUCUUGCCUUAACUUUUUUAUUACCCUGUGUAAAAAAAAAAACAAGAAAAGUGAGAUUUUUUUGUACAUUCACUUGUGUUCUUUAAGGUCCUGGCUACACAUGCACAAAUAUUUAGUUUAAAAAAAUUAAGCUUUCAGGGCAAACCCUUUCAAUAUUACUUCUUUUCAGGUAGGAUUGUUAGUUUUAUUAUAUUUUGUCCAGUAUAAAUGUAUAUCUUCUUAUUACAGUAAAAAAAAAAAAAACAUGUGUUGAAUUUUAGUGUAGUUAAAUAAGGCUCAUCAACAUUUUACACACAUGUAUUUUCUUACUUAGUCUUGCUAACAUUUUCAACAAGACUUGGAACUGUCAAAGCCAAACAAAAUUGCAUGUGCUAGCUGUUCUAAUGCGGUAAGACAAAAAUAAUUUAAAAAAUAGCGAAAUGUACAUGUAAGUGUAGCCAGGGCCCAUGUGCUGAUGUAAAUUGUUCAGAUUUGGCACUGUAUAAUAACUGAAGAGGACUUUUUCCACAAUGGCAUAAUAUUUGUAAUUAUAUAUUGGAAAGUAAAUUUGGAGUUGGGCUUUUAUUUCAGAGGGUUGUUUUGCAUUUGUAUUUGCAGUAUGCAUUCCCAAGUACAAUGAUCUCAAAUUGAUUUAUAAAUGCACACAGUAAUACUCUGUUCAAGUGAGACUAUUUAAGUCAAAAUAUAUUUCAAAAUAAAGCCUUGUAUAUAAAGUCUCCACCAGUCACUGUAUAUUCCAUACUAAUGCGGAUUCUUUUUAUUGUCACACAUUUACAAAAGUAUUUUGGAUGACCAAUACUUCACAUAGUAAUUCAUCAUCAAAAUGCACCUUUUGUUUGUGAUUACAGCUAAUGAUUUUCUCUUUGAGGGACAGAUGUAUUUAUUUUUUCUUGUUUCCAAUAAAUGGUGCAGAAUGGUU